UCAUUGCCUCCAAGAAUGCCUCUGGACAGUUCGGUGGUUCUCUUUAGGACUAAAUUCAGUUUUUGCUGAUAAGAUGGUGGCAGGAAAUGAUGUGGAGGCUUCUGGGAGGAAGGAGGACAUCCCUCACGACCAUUUGUUUAUGGUCACGGGUUUGUCGUCUUCGAAUUUGGAGAAGAUGGCGCAUGUACCAGAACCGCCAUCAGACUUCGAAACAGCCAUCGCCGCCACGGGCUCCGGCCGCUUCAACGUGGCGCUGAUGCUGUGCACCUUCCCCGCCUUCUGGAGUGCUAUCUCCGUCACCAGCUCCACUAGUUAUAUCUUCACCAGGGCCAAAUGUGAUAUGCAGCUCAGCUUGCUUGACAUGGGCACUGUGAACGCCAUCACCUAUGGAGGAAUGAUCUCAUCGGCAAUGAUCUGGGGCUUCUUGUCGGACACAUUGGGCCGGCGCCGCAUCAUGGUGUGGGGCUUCUUCUGCGCCGGGCUGAUAGAAGUGGCUGCCAGCAUGAGCCAGAACUUCCCCAUGCUGCUGGUCACGAGGUUCGCCAGCGGGUUCCUCUUCAACGGCCCGUUCGCUGUCCUGAUCUCAUACUUGGCGGAGAUGCACCGCACGGAGCUGCGCGCGCGCGUCAUUCUGCUCACCAGCCUCUUCUACACGUUCGCUAACUCCACCCUUCCCCUACUAGCCUGGGGAGUGCUUACACGUGACUGGACUUUCCAGAUCACUGAGAAAUUCGUGAUCCACUCCUGGAACCUGUUCCUCCUGGCAACCGCUUUGAUGCCGCUCCUCACGGGUCUAGUCUUCCUCUUUCUGCCGGAGAGCCCCAAGUUCCUGAUGUCGCGCGGCCGGAAUGAGGAGGCCAUGGAGGUGUUCAGGAAGAUAUACAGGCUCAAUACGGGGAAUCCGAAGGAGGAUUAUCCGAUCAAAUGUCUAGUCGAAGAAAAAACAGAGAAACAGGCAAGUGGCGUGGCAGCACUCAGGGGCGGGUGGGCACAGCUGGCGCCCCUCUUUGGGAUGCCGCACGUCAGAUGGCUAGCCCUCAUCUGUGCCAUUCACAUUGGUACCAUGUUUGGGUCCAAUACGCUCCGCCUCUGGUACCCUCAGCUCGCCGCCAUGAUCAACUCAGACUCUUCAGAGAGCCUCUGCUCGGCCAUAGCUCCUUCCAACGUUACAACUGUCAUUGAGGAAGGAUGCCAGCCCAUACAGACGGACAUGAUGACGUACAUGCAGAGCGUUAUAGUGGGUGCCGGGUCUGUACUGACCUAUGGAAUAGGAGGGAUGUUGGUUAACCGGUGUGGUAAGAAGCUAGUGUCCGCGGCAUGCAGCAUCACCAGCGCCGUGACCAUCAUCCUGAUGCCGUUCCUCGGCAACAGUGCUGAUGCUGUAGUGGCUUUGAUGACGACAGCACUGGCGCUAACUUCGCUCAGUGGGGCUGCGCUGUCCAGCAUCACUGUAGACCUGUUCCCUACUUCUCUCAGAGUGAUGGCGAUGGCAACAUUCCUGAUGACGGGGCGAAUGGGCACCAUCACGGGGACGGUCACCUUCCCCGCACUCAUCGACUUUGGCUGCCUUCCGCCUUUUAUCACCAUUUGUGCCGUCUUAGCUGUUUGUGGUGUCGCUUGUUUCCUUCUGCCGAAUACGACAUUGAAGAAACUAGAAUAACAUUUACCUUAAGUUAAGAUUCUUAUGAGAUUUUAUACAGAGUGUAAAUUUAGUCACCAGCCAUAAUUUACGGGGUGAAUAUAUAGGUCUUACAGAGCAACUUUCACUACGGGACCAACCCCGUAAAUGCGAAAAAAAAUUUUUUUAUCUCCCAUACAUUUUGGUGGAUAUUUUGUAUGGAAGAGUUAAUUUUUUUUUCGAUUUCGGGGUUGGUCCCAUAGUAAAAGUUGCUCAGUAUGACCUAUACCUGGUAAAUAUAUUGUAGUUGACUAAAUUUACACUCUUUAUUUGUGUACUGCCAGGUACUGCCUAAAAUUUCUAUGAAAGUUUCGUGUUUUUUUACUGUUUUGUAGUAAUUAUGUAUACCUACAUAUUUAGUGUAUGUGGUAUGUGAACUAUUAUUAGUGUAAAUAUGUAUAUAUAAUAUGUAUAAGAAAACUUGCCAUUCCAUUUUGUAAAUAUAUUUGUUGUAUUUUUGUGUCAACUAUCCAGGUUAGGGAUAAAAAAUAAUUAAAAGUCAAGUUUAAAAAUAA